CCGAAUAGGACCCCUGAAAGCGCGCGCCUCAUCGGUGUUUAACCGUGGCAAAUAUCAUUCUUGGCUUCCUUAUCACCCCGUCACCGAUUGGAACUGGAAUGUAUGUGCGAGUGCUAAUAUUGCCCCUUGGGGGCUAUGACAGGCCGUGGCAUUGGCAGAGAGAUGGCCCUUGAACUGGGACGUCGCGGCGCCAAGGUUAUCGUGAACUAUGCCAACAGCGACUCGGCGGCUGAGGAGGUGGUCAGCCAGAUCAAGAAGAACGGCACCGACGCUCACGCCGUCAAGGCCAACGUGUCAGAUGUCGACCAGAUUGUGCGCCUCUUCAGUGAGGCCGUCAAGAAGUUCGGCAAGCUCGACAUCGUGUGCUCCAACAGCGGCGUUGUCUCGUUCGGCCACGUCAAGGACGUCACCCCCGAAGAGUUUGACCGCGUCUUCAACAUCAACACGCGGGGCCAGUUCUUCGUCGCUCGGGAAGCUUACAAGCACCUCGAGGUUGGCGGGCGCCUUAUCCUGAUGGGAUCCAUCACCGGACAGGCCAAGGGCGUUCCAAAGCACGCCGUCUACUCUGGCAGCAAGGGCACCAUUGAGACAUUUGUCCGGUGCAUGGCCAUUGACUUUGGCGACAAGAAGAUCACCGUCAAUGCCGUUGCACCUGGUGGCAUCAAGACCGAUAUGUACCACCAAGUCUGCAGGGAGUACAUCCCCAACGGCGCCAACCUUGAUGACGAUGGUGUUGAUGAGUUCGCCGCAACCUGGUCCCCCCUCCACCGUGUCGGUCUGCCGAUCGACAUCGCCCGUGUUGUUUGCUUCCUCGCCUCCCAGGACGGUGAAUGGGUAAACGGGAAGGUGAUCGGAAUCGAUGGUGCUGCUUGCAUGUAGAUGGUGUUUAUGAGACGGGGAUGGGCUGGAUUACCGGGGAAACUGAGCAAAGAGCUAGUAUCAUGCUCACGAGCAUUGUGGAACGCGGAGUAUACAAUCUUUGGCUUCAUAUUUUGCGCGAGAAACCAGGGUUUACCGAAUGGGAGAUCCCUAUAUAUCAUGUCACAACAAUUUCAUUUUUAUCAUGAUAAUUAAGUCUAGUUACAAAUCCUACGCCAAGUUGAAUGUGCCG